UGGCGUGGUUUCGGCAUUGUUGGGUAAGACUAUCCGGAUAGUUUCUAAGUAUCUAGAAUUUCAUCUAGUCUAAUAAACAACAUGGCUGUUGUGAAAAUCGUUCACUGUGGUACGAUGGAAAUUUUAAAUAUAGCGUAGGUGACUGGUUUAUGGGGACGGGUUGACCUGCAAUAAUCUGUGGUAUACAUAUAGAAGUUAAGCUACUGAAUAGGGUGCCAGUUAAUAGCCCUGACUGUCCUCGUAUUGUUGGGGAGUUCUGGAAUUAUGAAUGAAAAAACAUUCUGGGAUUGUGUGUGCUAUUGUAUCUUAUGAAUAGUUUUUAAGGUAGGAUUAAACUAUACUGCUGACCUUUGAACGAAUCUUGAAUGACCUUGAGAAAUAUUAGCCACUCAGAAGACAGUAUACAGUAAAAAUAUAUUAUACAAAACCAAAGAAUUAAAGUGGAAACACUUCUUUUACAUGGGUCAAACACUUCCGAAGGUCAGAUAUAGGUUCAGAAGUUCUUAAAUCAUAGUGCAUACGGUACAGGAACAUAUCCAUAUGGCUCCGUAGUAGUCGACCUCUGAAACCAUGAUAAGGUCCCAAAAAUUCUUUUAGCGUCGACCACAUAGCUUCAAUAAUGUUAGUAUAUUGGUAUGGUUUACGGGUUAGGGUUAGAGUUAAGGUUUAGGUGUAGAGUUUAAGGUUAUGGGUGAGACUAUAAGUUACGGACAACCUUUGAGCAACGCUAGAGUGACUCUGGGAGUGUCAACGUAAUAACUUUGACCAAAUGAGGGUUAUAAACCUGUGUGAAGAUUAUGAUUUACAGUUCAUGAUUAAGGCUAGGAAUUAUACUUAGGGUAUUCAUCACGAACUGACAUCAGCUAUAAUGCCAAAACUCUAUUUAUCCAAAUGGAUAAUUGAAUUUCGCGCCAAAAUCUUAUGAUCACUUCUAUUGUAGACGCUAAAUUAUCACGUCUUCCCUAAAAUCCGCUGUAAACCGACCGUACGUAAGCAUCAGGUACCGAACUUAGCGCCGUGACCUUGAAAACCGCGAAAGCUUCUGAUUGGCUCGGCAGUAUAGUUUAAUCUUACCAAAUACAAAAUGUUUGUUAUUGUCUAUCUGUUGGUGUUAAAGGAGCAAGAUGUAGAAGCGUGACCUCUAUGUCUAUCAGAUUUCUGAACACCACCAAGGGGUGAACAACUUUUGGCUCUGGGCAUCUCAUAUGUGACGCUUAAUACACUUGCCAAAUCGUUUUAAUAUUCUAUAUUCUCAAAACGCUACCAUUGAAACAACUACUACUGCAUUGCGCUGCCAGUUGCAUCAUUUCCUGGCUUUCAGUUCAAUAACUCACAAAACAAGCCCGUUGACUCAGUCUUCCUAAUACGUUGAUGUCGACAAUCUCAUCAACUGCCUGUUGGUGUUAAUGGAAGACAUCAAACCGUCGACAGCGCGUGAGUUUAGUUCUAUCAAUCGACCUCUGAAUAGAGUAAAACGAUUUUCGGAUCCAUGACUAGAAGUUUCUCUGAUGCAGCGUUCACUCGGCCGGAAUACUAGUUAACGUUGUCAUACGACUCUAAAUUUUCACCUGUGGUUGAGAUAGUAGUUCAUCCCUCGUUGAAGCUUUUUUUGUUUGCUUGCUAGUUGUAUUUUUAUAUAUAUCAAUGUGUUGGACAAUAGACUUGGUGGCAUCACGUACUUUGUGUACAUACUGCGAAUGUGGCGCAUAUGUAUCUGGUGCUCCUUUGUACCAAUAUGUAUGUGUUUAAAUGAAUAAAUAAAAACAUACUGAUAGAUGAAUUUGCUCGUUUUUACUUCAAUCCGCCAUUCAGUCCUAUCUGAACAACUAGUGUUUAGUCCUCGACGAGCUUAUUUUUUGUAGGGAUUUCUACUUUUAGCCUUGAAAACUGGAUAUACAUUGUCUCGAACAUGUUCAGUCAAACAUGAAUUAUCAAUACACAUACUCAAUCCCUUUAGGUAAAACCUGAUCCCCGUCUGAUUUCGGUUAGCCCUUACUAAAGUGAUUCUGUUUACUUCUCAUUGCAAUAACUAUCACUUUCAUGUUCUGUGUUUGGGUUGUAGCGACUUACUAAUCAAUUCAGGUCGUGUUGUUUUUAUGUUUGUGGUUCAUUAAGAGUUCGUAUUAGUGUUCUUGAUUUUGAAAUUGUCUAUUUUACAGAUUUCUGCUUCUUUCGUCUGAAAGUUUUUGUAUAUUCUGCUGUUCAUUACUUUCGACCAAUUGACAAAUUCAUCUAGCUAUCUAGUAACGUUUUCCAAAACCUUGUCAUGCACAAUGAACGUCGCAGUUUUAGAUCAAAUCUAGAUUCUAAUCUAGCAGAUACUAUUCGAGUAGUAGCCUGCAAACAAAAUCAAGACUUACAAAUUACUUUCGCUAAUGAUUAUGCGUGUUCAGACAAACCAAGACCUGCCGGUAGCAAAAUAGCCUAUUCUGCUUCAGGCUCAGGAUUACGAGAUACCAAUGCUCACAAAAUGCAGCGCCAGGCAGUCAUUUCAGCCCACAAAGGACCUCAACAUAAUAGAAACUAUGGAAAUGAUGCCACUUUUGUCGCAACUCUCAUGGAUUCGCAUGCUCAAGUCAGUUACGGACAUGUUAACAGGCGUCCAUCCGUCAAUAAAUCAGAAUUUGAUUAUCAAAAUAAUCGUCGUCCUACACAUGGCAUGCACUCCAUGAUUAAGGAUCAAGAGCAAUAUAAUCGUGACUUGAUGACUCAGUAUGAAAUAAAUCGGGCUUUGUUUCUGGCUAAUCCACCUCCAUCCGUUUUAGCUAGUCGUAUUCGUGGUCGCGGUAAUAAUAAUAGUAUACCCAAUGAUAGCUGUCGAAUAGAUAUACAAAAGAAUUCUUUAAAUCAACCUAUAGUAAAUGUAUCACGAAUGGAUCGUUCAACAGUUUUUCGAUCGACAUCAGAUCAACAGCGUAAUGUUUUCCCAUCGAAAUCAAUGAAAGAGCGUGGAUUUUACAAUUUAGAUUCUGAACAUGACAGUCGGGAUGUCUUGUCCAAAAAUUCUCGUGGCCUAACGCGACAUUCGCGAGUUCACUUUCAGAAUAGUUUUCGUCGUGGACAAGGUUCAAGACAAUACUGGGGUCAUGAUGAUAGAUAUGAAAUUCAUGAGAAUACUCCAGGGAUUCGUGUUCAAAAUUCUUUUCACAAUGGAGAUUUUAAAAGUCGUCACCAUUCUGGUGAUGAAUAUAUUGAUGAUUUAACCCCAGAGGAUAUUGCAAAGUACAAACUAGAAAUCAAUAUGGAUAAACAACCACGCUCUCUAAAUCAUCAUUAUCAACAUCAACACCGACCACAUCAUCAUUACUACAAUCAUCCCAAUAAUCGUUAUCAUCCACCUCAUCAUAAACAAACUCAAAAGAAUUAUUCUAAUGCUCAUUACACACAAUUAUAUAAUUCAUCUAGGAAAGAGCCAGUUCGUCCAAAUAAUAAAAUACGAGACUCAUACAGUAGUGGUUACAAUACUAGGCAAUAUCAAACUAACGAGGAAAACAAGACUAGGUGUUCCACAAACAAUGAUAAAAUUCCAGUGAGCGAAAUGAACAUUAAUGAGGAUAUUCAAGUUGGUACUGAUGAACCUAUUCAAACAAACGAUCCUACUGAAGAUUCCCCAUAUUUCGAGCUCGACUUUGCUAGCGGAAUUUUCGACGUACAUAUUCAUGAGAGGGCUAGAUCUUUUUUAACUUUAGGUAUCGAUGACAGUGAGCUUUCUCAAAAUGAUUGCUACACAAAUAUAUCUGAAUUAAGUACGCACGGAAUGCAUCGAAGUCAUUCUCUUCCAUCGCUAAGAGACUUGGAAAGAAAUAACCAGCUACAUUCAUUUGAGGACUGUACCACACCCACAGCCAGCCUUAAUACUGGAGGAAUUGAAGAUUUAUCAACAAAAAUUAAAGCAGAGACUAUAUCAGUAGAAACGACAAAUAUAAAAUCUGAAAAUAACGUAAAUGUAUCGAGUGCAAAUGUUUGUGGUAGUGAUGUAGCACAAGAAUGCAAUAAUAUGGAGGACGAAAAUCGACGAUAACGCAAUGAUCUCGCAAAAAUGUAAUGUUUGAGUAGUCUAUGGAUUGGAUCACUAACAGUCAAAUGUAUAGCCUAAUUGUUUCACUUUACCUCUUCUUAGAUUUUUUUACUUGUAUGACCUCGAAAAUGUUUUUACUUAUUGUUAUGACAUCGCCUUAACUGUAAUGAGAUACUUCACUUGCUCCUUUGUGAUUACGGAUUAACUUGAUUAAUGAUAUAGUUUUCUAUGAUAAAUUUAUUGAUAAAUGAAAGACCAUAUCAGUAAUGU